CUAAAAUUGUUGGGAGAAAAAGCCACUAAUUGUGAUGAUAAGUAUAUUAAGAAACUCAAGGGGUCUUCUCCCGAGAACCCCGGGUAGAUAUAGACUAGGAAUACGACUGUUUGGAAAUAUUGACCCUCCUUUUAAAGAUGAUUUAACACCAAUGGAUGAUGAUUUAUUCAAUUUACAGGACUUUCAACAAUAUAAAGAAUCCCCAGAUGUUCUUAAACGAAUGGAAAGAUUGCUUACUCCUGUAGAUACAGCCAAUGUGAUUCCAGAGGAGCAACACACGUCAACUGCAGAAACGCUUGAGCUGUCCGCAACCUUAAAACAACCCGUGGUAUUUGUUUCUAAACUAUCAAAUCCAUAUACAAAUCUUGCCCUAGAAGACUAUAUUUAUAACAAGAUCCCUAAACCAGACGACCAGAAUAACCCAUACACUCGUCUCAUGUUUUAUAUCAAUUCACCGUGUGUGGUGAUUGGAAAGAAUCAAAACCCAUGGAAAGAAGUUAAUCUUCCAUUAUUGAACUCGUUACAUAUCCCUCUCGUUCGUCGUAGAUCAGGGGGUGGUACUGUUGUUCAUGAUGCAGGUAAUGUCAACUUUUCAUUCAUGACUUCGAAACAAAAGUUUGAUAGAUUUACAUUUGCUGAACUUGUGGUAAAUGCAGUAAAUUCAGCAGAAAACAAUUCUCCUGUGCUUAAAGUGAACGAACGUGGAGACAUUGUAACUGAAGAGGAUUCUUUUAAAGUCAGUGGCUCUGCCUACAAGAUUUCCAGGGGUAAAUCAUACCAUCAUGGUACCAUGUUAUUAAAUCUGCGUCUAGAUAUAUUGGGCAAAUUGCUUCAUAGAGAUGUACUGAAAUUGGGAUCUGUAGAUGCAAUGGCUUCCAUAAGUUCAGUACGGUCUCCUGUAACAAAUAUUGAGAUCUCUAGUGAGGAAUUCAUUGAUCUGGUAUCACAAGCAUUUGGAAAAAAAUAUGCAGAAUCCGUUCAACUAACCGAGAUGGAAACAAAGGAGGAAAAUGAUCAUAAUGAAAUGUUCAACUUGUCCGACUUUGUAUUAGCUGGAACUGACGAAACAGUGGAAACUACUAUUCACACAAAGACUGUUAUCAUAGAUGAUACUACUGAGAUUCCACAAGAAGUGGUCGAAGAGGCACAAAAAUUAAAAGAAUGGUCAUGGUGUUUUGGAUCAACUCCAAAAUUCUCCCAUGAGCUUUCUCAUGAAUCUCUCAACUUUAAGAUCAAGUUCUAUAUUGAUAAACAUGCUGUAUUGGAUGAUUUUGAAUUAUCAUUCUUGGGAGAGCUGCCUUUAUCUGAGGAGGUUAUCACCGAAAGCUUUGCAUUCCUUAAGCAAGUAAUUGAAGAAGGUAGAAAUAAACCAGUGGAAGAACGGUUAAAGUAUACCGGUAGCUCAGUAGCUGGAUUUGUGACUAAUGAUAUGAUCAGUGAUUGGAUCGGAGAGUGUAUUGAUGGGACCAUAUAAAUUGUACAUAGUAUCCCUAGUCAUACAAUAGAUCAUAAUAAACUUUUCUUUACUGCUUACAUCGAUGGUAGUACAUAUAUAGUGUUCAUACAUCUUCUUACUAUUACAUGUCUAUUUAAAUUACUAUUUCAAUUAUACCACCUCU